AUUUGGAGAUGGUAAUGCCUGCCAAGUUCAUCUGACUAAUCCUAUUUCUGUUCCUAACCUUCAAUUACUGCAAUGCAAAUUCAAGUUGAAUGGAAGGCUACUUAAUCCUUCUCGGGAAUUAUACAAAAGAAAUUAUGCGUCAAAAUAUGUACUCUGGAAGAUUUCUUAAUGACUUGGGAGAGUUUGAGAACUGUACUGAGCAUGAAUUCUCCCGUUUCAUGCUUUCCCAGAUUGAGUUAAACAUUACAGGCAAGAAAGAUAUGUCAUUUCUUAAUAAGGACACAGCUAGAUUUGUCCAAGGCCUAUGUGUACCUAAAGAGUGCUCUGAUACUGACAGUAAGAUACUUAGAGACUCCUUCUUCCUUCAAGACAUUAAUUUUACAAGAGAUAGUAACGUUGUUGAUAUAACUUUCUUUGAUGUGGAAAAGGAGGCUCAGCAGACCUCCAAAAACCUGUCGUCGACUUCAAGCGUAAUGAUAGUAGUCUUUGUGUUCCUAGUCCUACUCGGCCUUCUUGGAUUGUUAGUAGAAAACACAAGUCUUGGUAACAAGCCUAAUCUGAACCAAGAAGAGGAAGAGAAUAAUAUCUGGGAUAAAUACUAUGACCAAGAAGGACUUUCUGCAGAUGAAGACCAAAAGGACAAUAUGUGUACUGAAUUUCAGGACUUUUUACAACAAGAGAAAAGGUUGAUAAUGUCUAAGAACCUCUGGGGUAUUAUCCUUCUCUCGUUCUCGUUCAAAAGAAAUGCAAGGAGGUUAUUCAAAUUCUCUGUCAUCAGGAGGAUGCAUGUAAAAACUACCAUGAUUGAAGGUCUGAGAGUAAUGUUCCUUAUUUGGGUGAUCAUCGGGAAUACAUUCUUGUUCUCCUUUUAUUCAUACCCAGCGAAUUUCACUAAAAUAGGAGAUAUUUCUUCAAAUUACCUGUUUAUUACCCUUCUAAACAAUGAGCUGUCUUUUGACUCGUUGUUAUUUAUUAUUGCGUUCCUUUCAGCAUAUGAUUUGCUUGAGAAGUUUGAUGACAGGGAUACAAAAUCACGGUCGUACAUCCUCUAUGCACUGCAUUUUAUCAUUAAGAUGUUAUUCCCUGUGAUAAUAAUCAUAGGAAUCUCUUCUAUCUUUAAGUUGUUCUCGUCAGGACCUCUAUGGGGUACAAUGACUGAAGAAAUAAUAUCAUCUUGUGAUAGAUACCUCUGGACCCAUGUGCUUAUGAUCAGCAAUCUGGUCCCAUUUGGAAAUAAUAUUGGAAAUAAUGCAUGCUUACCCUGGCUCUGGUUUGUGAGUACCGAGUUCCAGUUCUUUUUCUUCUGCCUGUUUUUGACGAUACUUUAUACGAAGAAAUCCUUCCUAGCUUGUCUGAUAAGCUGGGUUAUUUGCUUAUUCUCACUCCUGAGUGUGUCUGUAAUCGCUGGAGUUGGAGCCAUCACUACGCUAUCUCAGUACGAUUCGAACACAUAUGAAAUCCUCUUUACUAAGCCAUGGACCAGGAUAUUCGGAUAUUCUCUCGGCCUAUUUGUUGGUUUCAUCUUUUAUGAAUUUAAUAAGGAAUCUAAGUCCGAGAAGGAGAAGAGGUUUGGUUGGAGAUUGGUUAGUAUUCUAGAAAAUAUGAAUAUCAAUAAGAGAACAAUUCUAAUAAUCUUCGCAUUCGCACUGAUAAUUAUCCCCAGUAUUUUCCAAUGGCUAAUAAUUGCCAGGGAGACUCUGACUAAUGACAUGAGUGGUAGUGCAAAGACAAUGUACAUUCUGUACCUGACGCUAGGCAGACCGAUCUAUUUCACAGGAUUAGUCAUAAUAAUCCUAUUCUGUUUGUUGAACAAGCUAAAGUGGAUUACUAUUAUUGUUGGAAACUAUUCAUGGGGACCCAUGACUGAGCUAUCCUAUUCUGCAUACCUGAUGCAUUUCUUCAUUAUAGUCUGGUACUAUAGCUCGCUGAGCCAGACCUUGUUUAUAAAUAUUCCAGACUUGCUCUUCACAGGAGUUGCUGUGAUAGUAACUUCCUUUCUUGUUGCAAUUCCUUUCUCAUUCCUUAUUGAGAUUCCUUCUAAAAACUUAAUGGAACUAAUUCUCUUCACAAUGAAAAGAUACAGAAGGAGCAGUAUUGAAGAAGAAAAGGAAGGCAAGGCCGGAAAUAGCAGUAGCAGGGAGAAAAUCGGCUUCAACGUGUCCAACUCUGGCAUCAAAGAAAAUAAUGUCUCCAAUGCUUCCGCUAAUCUUAUGUUCCUAAGUGGAGCCAUCCCUGAUGUUGGAGAAAACAAGAAGAAAAAGCUAAAAAUCGAUUAAUCUCAAUUUAUUUGUACGAA